AUGGGUGGGAAGCUCAUCCUCUUCGAUAUUCCUGAUAAGAACGGACGUGCCUGGUCGUUCAACGUAUGGAAAACCCUGAAUUACAAGGGAAUCGAUUACGAGACUGAAUGGCUCGAGUACCCUGAUAUCAAGGCUAGGCUUGAGGCUGCAGGCAUUGAACCCUGGCUUGAACAGCGAGCAUCCCAUACCUGCCCGGCGGUGCAGUUUCCUGACGGGACAUAUGUGAUGAACAGCGCGAAGAUCAUCAAGAACCUCGAGGAAAGGUAUCCCGAAAAGCCUCUUCAUCCAGAUAGCGAGGAAGCGCAGGCCUCUUCGCAACUCACCAGCAGACUCUGGGGUCCGUUGCAGCCAGUCAUGAUGCCCGAGGUUUACCGAACAAUCCUCGGCGAGCGAAGCCAGCCAUUCUUCUGGGACACUAGAAAAGAUGACUUGGGAGGCAUGACGGUUUACGAAUUCGGCGAGCGAAGCCAGCCAUUCUUCUGGGACACUAGAAAAGAUGACUUGGGAGGCAUGACGGUUUACGAAUUCGAAGACAAGUAUGGCGGCGAGAGAGCUUGGGAAAGGACUAAGCAAGCAAUCGAGGAUGCAUCGACUCAGCUCAACAAGACAGAAGGGCCCUUUUUCCUCGGCGAUCAAGUGUCCUAUGCCGAUUUUAUCUACGUCGGCCUGCUGGAAACUAUGAAGAAAUACACUCCGCAACACUACCAACGCGUCGUUGAACAGGCCCCUGCUUUGCAAAAGUUGUACGAGGCUUGUGCUCCCUGGCUAGAGCGAGACAAUUAA